AGGACCAAAUCGGUUUAAAACCCUGUGGUGACCUUUACGCCGGAAACAGUCAUUGUAAACACUGUGCACGUUUGGAGGUGAUAGCGUAUCCUCCCAUGUAACAUAAAAAAUGUCAAAAACUACCAGAAUUGCAUUAGUAUUCGGGGGUUUUGUAACGGCGGUUGCCGCUGCGUUUUACCCCAUAUUUUUCUACCCGCUCACGCAUAAAGAAGAGUACAGAGAAGUCCAGAAGACGAACCGGGCAGGAAUCAACCAGGAGGAUGUUCAACCCGUGGGUGUGAAGAUAUGGUCUGAUCCGUUCAAGCCUGCAGGCAAAUGAAGACCAGAGUCAGCUGUCCUUCCCUAAUUCCAGACAACGAUGCUGAUGGAGAAUGCCUUUUUUGAUGAGUGUUUGGUGCGUGAGUGAAUGAGUUUAUUUUUGGUUGUUGAGUGAUUCCUCAUCCUAUAAAUAAAGUUUAAAGUUCUAAAAGCUUAAACUUGAUUUCCCUAAAGAUUUCUUAAUAUAAUUAUUUGCUAUAUGGGGUAAAAUAUUGUGUUGAGGGACGCAAAAAUAUGACCACAAAUGUGCUUUCUACCCCCAGUUCAUCCAGUUAAAUGUCCAAAAAUUAAAAAAUGACAUGAGGGGCUGGUCGAUGUUUAUCCACAAGGGGGCUCCCCAUGGCUGCCUGUUUAAUACAGACACUGUUGAACUGUGUAUUGUUCUGUUUGUGCAUCUUAGAUAUUUUGGAAAAAACUGUUGUAUUUCCAAAAGCCCUGCUCUGGUAUGCAGCCUGUUGGAAAUUAUAAUAAAAUACGGUGUUUUGUUUA